GGGGGCGGGGCAUCCCACGCGUGCGCACGGGCGGCGAUGAAGCCGGAGCGCGCGGCCGCGUGGAACGCCAGGGCCGCGCUGCUCUACUCGCUGGGCGCCUGGACCACGCUGGGCGCCCUCAUCUACUACAGGCGCCUGGAAAAAUCCAGCACCGAGAGUGAAAAUGAUCCUGAGGCAAACCAAGGGGUCCGCAAGGAAGUGCACACUAAGGAAUAUCCUUUUGGAUUGACAGUGACAACAGAAGUAACAUACAAAGAGGACCAGCCGCCUCUUACUCGACUGUUGAGGCGUGUGGUAUCAUUCUUUGUUCCCAAUGAUGGCCCUCCUUCUGAAAAGUGAGCUGUUCAGAAGCUCAGAAUGUUGUUCUGGAACAUCAUCCCAGUGCCUGGCACCAGACCACUGCUGGAAAACUGUCCCUUGCAUUGCUGAAACAGCAGCUCUGCCCAGCUGGUGUGCAGGAUGCACCCAGGUGAUCCAGGAUGUACCCGGAAUGGCUGCUCAGCUGGGCAGCUCUAAAAUGGAUGCUAUGGAUUAUAAAUGGGAAGGAAUGUAGUUUAAUGUUUUGGCUAUGAGAGUUCUUAAUGGUCCUUCAAAUAAAAGCUCACAUGAGUUGAGUUACAA